GGUAGUGACAGAUGCUCGGGCGGCGCCGAUAGCAGCGCUCGGAGCUCAGGCGGUGACUCAGUCACUGGGCCGCCCCCGCGCCGCUCGGAGCCUUCCGAGCCGCCUCCUUCGCUCCGCCUCCCCCAGGACCGAGGCGUUACUUUAGGUGCCUUAGGGGGCAUACCCCACUGCCAGCGGCGCCCCGGGAAGCUGUCGGGGCCUCCGAGGCCAGAGCGCGGUAAGGCAGGAGCCCGGAGCGGGGGCAGCUGGAAGGGCCGCGCUGCUGCACCGAAACCGAAACCACGGCGGCGACCCCGCCAGGGAGGGUGCGAAAGCGUCGCCACGGCGUGAUCCGGGGGGCUGACGGGUUCCGAGGUCCAGGAGCACGAGGGUGCUUGAUUUUGUUUUAAUUGCUAAGCCACAAAGACUGCAGCCAUGUCUCUGGAAGACAUCCACAUGAACACCAAGGAUUUGCUUGAAAAAAAGCAACUAGAUGCUGGAGGAUUUGGAACAAUUUCUUUAUGCUUGCACAAGAAAUAUGGAUUUGUAGUAUUAAAAAAAGUGUAUACAGGACCACAGCGCACUGAGUACAAUGUUUCCCUUCUUGAAGAGGGCAGGAUUAUGCGCAGACUGCAGCAUGACCGCGUGGUAAAGCUGCUUGGAGUCAUUUUGGAAGAUGGAAACUACUCACUUGUGAUGGAGUACGUGGACCGGGGGAACAUGAUGAAAGUGCUACAGAAUCUCUCACUACCUUUGUCAGUGAGAGGGCGUUUCGUGCUGGAAAUCACAGAAGGAAUGCUUUAUUUGCAUGAGCAAGGCUUUGUACACAAAGACCUAAAACCAGAAAACAUCCUUGUGGACAGAGACUUCCACAUUAAGAUUGCAGAUCUUGGUGUUGCCUCCUUUAAGAGCUGGAGCAGGCUGACCCAAGAAGAAACUGUCCGACAGAAGCAAAUGAAAAGCAGUUACCAGAACAAUGCUGGGACUCUUUUCUAUAUGGCCCCAGAGCAUUUACGCUGUGUUAAUGCUAAACCAGUGGAGAAAUCAGAUGUUUACAGCUUUGGCAUUGUGAUCUGGGCAAUUUUUGCUAACAAAGAGCCAUAUGAAAAUGGUAUAAAUGAAACCCAGAUUUGCUUUGGCAUCAUGAAUGGAAACAGACCAGACAUAAAGGAGAUCACUGAUAAAUGUCCAGUGCAAGUUAUUGACUUAAUGAAGCAAUGCUGGGAUGAAGAUUCAGAGAAACGUCCAACCUUUGCAGAAAUCAGUGAAAGAUACAAGCCAUUUUACUAUGAAGAGCUAGGAAAAAAUAUUGAAGAAGAUCUGAAGAAUUUAAAAAAAAUGCAGCCUGAGUCAAAUGAACUGCUGCAUAGCAUGGAAUCCCUUCAAAUAGAUGCUGCACCAGCAGAUACCAGCAAUGGUCAAGUAGAUCAGCCUAAUUCUCUACACAGCUCCCAGGGUCCCAUGACCAGUGAGGUUAAUGAAGCCCUGUUUGCUGCCUCCCCUGAGAACCAGCCCGUUGAGAGCUGUGAGACCUCAUUUGUACCUCCUGAUAAUCUGGAAAGAAAACUUCAGCAUGAAUACAACUACCAUGCCUUUGGGAGCCGGAUGGAUAAAGCAGUUCCACCUGUGCUGUACAGCCCUGAAAUUAUAGAGGAAGAGAGGAGACGGAGAGUUUCCUGCGAUCCAUUUGCAAAGCCAUCCCCUACUUCUCAACUGAGUGAGCUGUAUCCAAGAGCUGAAAAAACAGGAUCAAACACUAAUCCAUAUUUCUGGCCACAAGUAGCUGCAACAACACCAAAACGGAAUGUAGAUGUUUAUUAUGGGCCCAGUCCCAACAGUCUUCCAACAGGAAACGUGGUGGAUACCUAUGGAUUGUGUUCAGCCAGUAACUUUAGCCUAAGUAAACAUCCUGUGCCAGAAUCUGGACAAAACCUGACAUCACCGACCAAUGUAAACUGGUAUUCAAAGAAUUCAGACGCAGAUACAGGUUACAGGGAUUCCACUUCUUUCCCAAGGGGAACAUUUGCAUACCAUCCUAGUGCACCCAGAGUAAGCUCAGUUCCCUAUACAGAUGAUUCAGUCAAGUACAACAUAACUAACAGCUCUGGAAUUCAAAUUGGAUCCUACAAUCAUAUGAAAAUUGAAGAGCAGAAUCCGCAUGUCAGCACUUGUUCUGUUGCUAUGGAAGAUAUUUAUACUCAUUAUGAAGCAGUGGGUGUAUUUGACAAUGCUACUGUCCUGACAGAAAAGCAUUUGAAUCUAGUGAGGGAAAAGCUGGCUAAGCAGUGGAAGCACUGUGCUCGGAAACUGGGCUUCAGUGAUCCCGAGAUUGAUGAAAUUGAUCAUGACUACGAACGAGAUGGACUAAAAGAAAAAGUUUACCAAAUGCUGCUCAAGUGGGUAAUGAGGGAAGGUGCCAAAGGUGCUACAGUUGGAAAACUAGCCAAGGCCCUCUUUGGCUGCCAAAGACUGGAUCUCCUUAGUAGUUUGAUGCAAAUCCAAGAAGAAUAAGUUUACUGAGAACAGACUUUCCAGAGCUCUCCUUUUUGCACAGACUUUUGGAACCUAUUUUUUUACCAACCAGUUAAUACCUCCAAUAAAUCAAAAAGUUCAUGUCACAAUAUUUCGUCUUCCAAAGGAUAAAAAAAAAGCAUCUUCCUUCCAAAUAGAACGAUUGUCCAAAGAAAACAACAACAAAAUGCAAGACAAAUAUCAAUUCAAGGAGAAUGCAUUACACAAAAUUUCUACAUUCUACUCUUGAAACAUGUUGGUAGUCUCGUUCAGUUCCGAAGAUUCACCUAUUGAUUGAAAAACUUGUAUAGAAGCCAAAAUCAACCCUUACAUUUUGCCAAAAGUGCCAAUAUUUAUCAUGCCAGUAUCUGACUGGUUGCAGGCAAUAAUAUUUUUCAAAUAGUUUUAUAAUUUUUAUUAAAUAUAGAUGUAUAGAAUUAUGCAGAACACCAGCAUAAAUAAAAGCAAAACCUAUUUCUGGCUUUCAAACUCUGUAAUUGAUAUUUUGUAGUUAUAAUGUUGCAUUAGAUUUUUGCAUCGUUUGGUAGAAAAGAUUUUACAGGGUACGAGUCUCAUCAGCUUUAUGAAAUAAUGAAAAAAUAUGUUAAAUCAGUAUGCAAUCCAAAUUCAAAUCUCAAGAAUACAAGAGCUUGGAGAAGUGAAAGGUGCUUUAUUACCUCUUGACUGAAGACUCAUUCUCCUGUCUGCUCUGGAGACUCAGUGUCACUACAUUCUGAAUCUCUUAGGCUGCAUUUAUAUUAGUUGGUUAAAUGUGCCUGGAAAUGUUACUGGAUGCUGAGAGUAAACAGGCUACAGCCUGCUACCAGAAUAGCACAUUCUUUAAACCUGCAAAAUGCUGUGCAAAGACUAUUUCACAGCACUCAGGUUGUUUCUGGAGAGCACUGGAACAGCUCUAUAGUUUAGAUGAUGGUAUCCCAGUGCCUGGAAAUGUUCCUUGUCACUCUGACUUCCUAAUAUUGGCAUAAUCUCACUGUGCAGUAUCUAUGAAAGAAGAAUUACUGCAAGUUUUUUGUCCGAAGAAUUAUGCCAAGCUCUUCUUGUGAGAGACAAUGCCUCCUGUUCCAUCAGAUUUAGAGAUAUUUCAAGCAGAUGUUUUGAAGCUGGUAAUUUUUUAAGCUGUGCAUAGAGCACUAGGUAUUCAUUAGUGUUCAUAACUAUUCAUUCUAAUUGUCAAAAAAAAAAAAGCUAAUAACUUAGCUAAUAACUGGAGUGCAGUUAGAAUGGAUUUCUGCUCCUUGAUACAUCCUUGAUACAUUUGCUUCCAUUUCAGUGGAAGCAAAAUGAAACUGUAAUCAAAGCAAGCAUCACCAUAUUUGUCAUCUUUAAACCUACUUAAAAUAUAUUGCAUUGCCUUACUGUUUUGACUUAGCUACAUGCUAUAUUUUCUAUAAACUCUUGAGUACAAUAUAAUGAUGUGGUUUAUCUGUCUAAUGUAAUAAGCAUACACUUCCCAGAAAACGAAAAAUUAUUCUUUAAGCAAAUAGAGAGAUGGGGUAUAGGGUGUCUUCUCUAUGUCAGUCCAUAGAGCUACAGCCAGGAGUUACUGUGAUAAUUCAUUAAUCAGAUCCCUGGACAGAUCACAAAGUCCAUUUAUGUUCUGUUAAUGCUGGUUGCACUGUAUUGCUACAUCAAUUCCUGACCCUCCAUUGGUUUUCAAAGUCUCCCAUAUCUGCAGUCUUUAUUUAAACA